AUGACUUCCAAUAGGGUUUUCUUCAAUACUAGUUCUAGAAAAGCCAGGUGUGCCCGUAGAUUCCUUCAAUCCCUUCUGCGAAUAAGGCAGCGUAGGCCUGGUUCGUUAUCGUCUGAAGAAGUAAGGCAGCGGAGUAGGAGAAUCAAGAUGGCUGCAUACUCAUCCAUGGCGUGUACAGUCGGGUCUAGGAGGGCGUGGAGCCGGGCGAUUAUCUUCAGGCUUCAAAGCCGCGCUGGGCGCCAUGGUCGCAUGAGGAGAAGGUGUUUAGGUGUAAAGAAGAAGCCCUCUAGAGAGAUGAGCCAAGCAGACAGGCUUCGGGAUCUUGUCCCAGGUGGGGAAGCCCUGGAUUUCUGCAACCUGUUGGAGGAAACUGCCCAUUAUAUUAAAUGUCUGAGUUCCCAGGUUGAAAUCAUGAAAAGUAUAGCUGAUAUCUAUUGUAGAUCUUGA